AUGAGGGACAUCGAACAUGCUACGCCCACUCUGGCCAUGCCCACUCUGGCCAUACCUGCCCAGAUAGCCACAACCACACAGAGAGAAGGUGAUAAGAACGACAGGGCAGGAGUCAUGCUGCUUCUGAUGCUGAUGCUCUUCUGGCUCCAGGCUCCAACUACAGAGAAGAGGCUGAAAAACAUAUGUGUACUCACGGAUUAUAUGGGAGUAGAUGAAAGCUACUAUAGGCCUGGUGAUCUCAUUAUUGGUGGGAAUUUGCCCUUGGGAACCAUUGGACAGUCUCCUCUCUGUGACUUUAAUACAGUGGCUCUUCAUUUCAGAAUUGUAUACAUCACCAGUUACUAUCAGCAGUUCCUUGCAUUGAUGUUUGCUGUCUCCCAGGUCAAUAAGGAUUUUCUUCUGCUCCCCAACAUCACCCUGGGCUUCCACAUCUAUGGCCAUUUCCAGAGGGAGAUGUUUAUUUCCUUGAACAGCUUCUCCAUGCUCUCCUCACGAGCCCAAGUGGUUCCAGGUUACAAAUGUGUCCUGCAGGACACUCUGCUGUCCAUCUUUGGUGGUCUCAGUGCCAAAUCCUCAAGACUGAUGGCCUCCAUCUUCAGCAUCUUUAAGGUCCCACAAUGGAACUGGGUCGGGCUGCUGGCCCCUGAAGAUGACCAGGGAGAACGUUUCAUCUCAUCCCUGAUGCCAAUGCUGAAGGACAAGGAGAUCUGCUCAGCCUUCACUCUAAUGCUGGAAUUAGAUGAUUUUGAAAGGACAAAGAUUAAGUUUAUUCGCAAAUUGUGGUAUAAUGCCUGGUAUAAAACAGAAGUGUUUAUUCUGUUUGCAGACUCAACUGUUACUCUCAGUGUAACAGAGGCCAUACAUUCUUUUGAAAAAUACAAACAAAUAUCGUUGAGGAAAGUUUGGAUCUUCACUUCCCAUUGGAAACUUGGCGUUGAAGAAAAUGAAGACACAUUGCAAUUUGUAAAGUUUUAUCAUGGGGUCUUGCAUUUUAGGGACCAUUCUGGGGAUGUUUCAGAAUUCAGCCACUUCCUUCUGUCUUUAGACCCCUUGAACCACCAAGGAGAUGUCUUUCUCCCUGAAUGGUGGGAAUUUGUCUUUAGCUGCAAGAUCCAUAAAUCAGGGAAGAUUCCUCUAAAGUGGGAAAAACGAUGUACAGGAAAGGAGAAUGUGCAGAAUCUGCCCAAUUACACGUUUGAAAAGAGAAUGACAGGAGAAAGUUACAAUAUCUACAAUGCCGUUUAUGCUCUGGCACACGCUUUACAUGCAAUGUAUGGAUCCAGAGCCCAACAAACCAUGAUGAGGCUUGGAAAGGGGAUCUCAAAUGUCCAGUCAUGGCAGAUUCUUCGCUUUUUGAGCAAUGUGCAAUUCAACAACAGUGCUGGAGAUGAGGUCUCCUUCUCAGAAAAUGGACUGGGAUCUUCUCGUUUUGAUCUUCUCAACUGGGUUCACUUCCCCAAUCAAUCUUUAGUCCCCAUAAAGGUUGGGCAAGUAAAUCCUGAGACUCCCCCAGGCCAGAAUUUCACCAUUAAUUCUGAUGGAAUCAUCUGGGCCCCAAAGACAAUCCCCAUUGCCAGGUGUGGAAGGAAGAGGUGCCAUGCAGGAGAGAGGAGAAGAGUUCCAGAGGGAGAGCAGGUUUGCUGCUACCAGUGUGAUGCUUGUCCAGAAGGGACCUUUUCUAAUCAUACAGAUGCAGCUCGCUGUGAACCCUGCCCAGAAGACCAAUAUCCCAACAAGGACAAGGACCACUGCAUUGCCAAGAAGAUCCACUUCCUUGCCUAUCAAGACAUCCUGGGAUACAUCUUAGUUUUUCUUGCUCUUUUUCUCUCAGUGACUACAUCUGCAGUCCUGGUGAUUUUCUAUAAACAUCAUGACACAUCAAUUGUCAAGGCCAACAACCGAGAUCUCACUUACAUCCUCCUGUUCUCCCUCUUGUUCUGCUUCCUUUGCUCCUUCCUCUUUAUUGGUCAACCAGGGAAGAACACCUGUCUCAUACAACAAUCUGCCUUUGCCAUUUUCUUUGCCCUGGCAGUUUCCUCUGUGUUGGCAAAAACUGUCAUGGUGGUUCUGGCCUUCAUGUCCACCAAGCCAGGGAACAAGACAAGGAAACUCUUAGGAAAACCACUGACCAACUCCAUUGUCAUAGCCUGUCCUCUGGUCCAAGCAAUUCUUUCUGCCACUUGGCUGAUGACCUCUCCCCCAUUUCUUUUCUUGGACUUCCACUCCUUGUUUGGAGAAAUCAUCUGGGAAUGUAAGCAAGGCUCAGUUGUAAUGUUUUACAGUGUCCUCGCUUACCUAGGACUUUUGGCCCUUGUGAGUUUCACAGUGGCCUUUCUGGCUAGGAAAUUGCCUGAUAGUUUUAAUGAAGCCAAGUUCAUUACUUUUAGCAUGCUGGUCUUUUGCAGUGUUUGGAUCAGCUUCCUCCCCACCUAUCUGAGCACCAAAGGGAAGUCCAUGGUGGCUGUGGAGGUCUUCUCCAUUUUGGCCUCUGGAGCUGCUCUCUUGGCUUGUAUCUUUUUCCCCAAAUGCUUCAUUAUUCUGCUGAGAUCUGAUCUGAAUUGCAGAGAAAAUAUAGAGGGAAGAUACAUCACCAGUUACUACCAGCAGUUCCUUGCAUUGAUGUUUGCUGUCUCCCAGGUCAAUAAGGAUUUUCUUCUGCUCCCCAACAUCACCCUUGGUUUCCACAUCUAUAGCCAUUUCCAGAGGGAAAUGUAUAUUUCCUGGAACAGCCUCUCCAUGCUCACCUCACAAGGCCAAGUGAUUCCAGGUUACAAAUGUGACCUGAAGAACACUCUGCUGUCCGUCAUUGGUGGUCUCAGUGCCAAGUCCUCAAAGCAGAUGAUCUCCAUCUUUAGCAUCUUUAAGGUCCCACAGAUUCUUGCCUCUUUCAGCAACGUGCAGUUCAACAACAGUGUUGGAGAUGAAGUCUCCUUCUCAGAAGACGGACCUGGAUAUGCUCGUUAUGAUCUUCUCAACUGGGUUCUCCACCCCAAUUUAUCUUUAGUCCCCAUGAAAGUUGGGCAAGUAAAUCCCGAGGCUCCCUCAGGCCAGGAUUUCACCAUUAACUCUGAUGGAAUCGUCUGGGCCACAAAGGUGAACUGCAUGGAACUGUUGUAA